UUUUCUUGUUCACUUCCGCCGUUCAUCACUUAGUCUCAACAUUUAGUCCCAAAUUAUUUUCCUGAAACUUUAAUUUCCCAUUCCUCAUUGCUUAUAUAUAUAUCAACUAGCUGUACCUCUGUUUAAUGAGAGAAUGGUAUUUAUAGAUAUAAAUCUUUCAUUGAAACAUAGCAACAAGGAGGUAAAUAUUUUUGAACGAAUUUAUUUUGCAAAAUUAAGCAUAAAAUGUAUAUUAUUGUCUGAUUUUUAGCAGGGCGAAGGUAAAUAAUACGCGCACCACCCGUUUUAGGGUUAGGGGGUUAGGGUCACGCCGAAAACGGCUUAUGUGCGUAUUCUUUACCUCUGCCUUAUCUUAAUAAUGUAUAAUCAGAUAUGUAUAAACUACAAGAGAGAUGAUAGCAUUUAUUAUAUGAAACUAAUUUAACACUGAUGAACACCAGUAAUUCGAACUUUCUGUCAUAAAAUAUUUAUUUCACUGCUACUCAUUUUGGUUUGGUGUUCGCCAAUAUUUUUUCAAUAUGGAACGACAGCUUCAUAUCUGAAAGACAACCCAGGACAAGAUAGAAUGAUAAACAAGAUCAUACUUUCGAAUAAAGGAAACGGUGUAAGAAUUGUUUCUUUUUUUGUAUCGUUCUAAAUACCUCGUAUUAAUUGUUUGGGCGCACGAAAUAUUUCUAAAGAAGUAAUCUUAGUAUCCAGGAGCCCUUGGCAGAUAAGACGCCAAAUUCAAACUUAACCAUUGAAUUCGAAAAGAAAUUAAAGUUCGAUUUUUAAUACAUAUUAUUUGAUAUUUUUCUAAGAAGAAAAAUGGGCGGAAUUCUGCUUGGAGUACACCAUAUAACCCUUCAUAACCUUUUGGUAAAUUUUGAUACUUUCACCCGCAUGAAAAAAAAAAAAAAAAAGAAAACGAUAAUUCCGGGAUAGUGUCCGCCCCCUCCCUUACCGAGCAAAAAUAAGGAGUUUGCCGCACAUUAGGAGGUCAUGGUACUUGAUUCUACGCAAAAAAAUCCGAGUUUUUUUUUCUUAUUGAAAAUCUUAGUAUCUGAUGUUAUUGAGAUGACAUAUUGAAGACUAAAGAAUAACAUUACCAAGGCUACAGGAGAUUUUGUCUAUGUAACUUCAUUUUUAUCACUGUGAAAUAUUUCUAGUUAAUUGCUAGAAUUUUCUAAUAUUGACUGCAUCUAUAUAACUUUAUUUCUGUGACGGUGUCAAGAUUAAAUUCAAGACAAAAACAAUUUCUUUACAGCUGAGACAUUUUCAGAAUUUCACACAAAUCACAUCUAAAGAAAUUAUAGACAAUAUUGAUAAUAUUUACAGAAUUAUUUCUCUGAAAAUUCAAGAAGAACUGCAGUUUUCUAUUUUAUGAACAAAAUUUUAAAUUAUGAAGAAGAAACCGAGUGAUAAUCAGGUUCCUAAUGAAAGACAAAAUGGUAAGAAUGAUGUCUCUCUUGAAACAAAGAAGAUAUCUUAUGAGUGUGACAUAUGUGGGAAGGCUUUUAAAAUAAGAAAAUAUUUAAUCCAACAUAGAUCUAUUCAUUCAGAUUCACAUGCGUAUGAUUGUGAAAUCUGUGGUAAAAUGUUCGCUUCAAAUGAUGCUUUAUCUACACACAAAUAUAUUCAUACAGGUGAGGAAGCAGACAAUUCUGAUGCUUGUGAUAAAGCUUUUUCUGACAGUUGUUCAUUAUCAAAAUGUAAACAAAUUCAUGCUGGAGAAAAAUCAUACCAUUGUGAUAUCUGUGGUAAAUCAUACACUAAAAAGAAUAGUUUAUUGUCACACAGACGUAUUCACACAGGAGAGAAACCAUACAAAUGUGACAUUUGUGCUAAAAGCUUCUCUUCAAAUUCUUCUUUAUCUAUACACAAACGUAUUCACACAGGAGAGAAACCAUAUAAGUGUGAUAUCUGUGGCAUCUCUUUCACUACUAGCACUUCUUUAAUUUUGCACAAACGUAUUCACACAGGAGAGAAACCAUAUCAAUGUGAUAUCUGUGAUAAAACAUUCUCUAUUAGUAGUUCAUUAUCAUUGCAUAAAUUAAAUCACACAGGUGAGAAACCAUUCCAUUGUGAUAUUUGUGGUAAAGCAUUUCCUAAAAAUAGCAGUUUGUUGAAACAUAAACGUAUUCAUACAGGAGAGAAACCAUAUCACUGUGAUAUCUGUGGUAAAUCAUUCACUCAAAGGAGUAAUCUUGUGACCCACAGGUAUAUUCAUACUGGAGAAAAUCAAUACCAAUGUGAUACAUGUGGUAAAAAUUGUUGUUCUAAGCAAAGUCUAUUGAGUCAUAAACGUAUCCAUACUGGUGAGAGACCAUAUCAUUGUGAUAUUUGUGGUAAAUCUUUCUCCAAUCGAUGUUAUUUUCAGUCCCAUAAACUUAUUCAUACAGGAGAAAAACCAUAUCAGUGUGAUACAUGUGGUAAAAAGUUCUCUACAAAUCAAUAUUUAUAUAAUCACAAACGUCUUCACACUGGGGUGAAACGAUGCCACUGUAAUAUUUGUGGUAAAGCAUUCUCUCGAAAUAGUCAGUUAUUGACUCAUAAACGUAUUCACACAGGUGAGAAACCAUACCAUUGUGAUAUUUGUGGUAAAGAAUUCACUUUAAAUGCUCAUCUAACUAAACACAGACGUAUUCAUACAGGUGAGAAACCAUACCACUGUAAUGUAUGUGGUAUGACAUUCUCACUAAGUUCUAACUUAUUAAAUCAUAAACGAAUUCAUACAGGGGAUAAACCAUACCACUGUGAUUUCUGUGGUAAAAAUUUCUCUUCAAGUGGUCAGCUAUCCAGACACAAGCAUAUUCACACAGGAGAAAAACCAUACCGCUGUGAUAUCUGUGGUAAAACUUUUUCUGAAAGGGGCUCUGUAUCAUCUCAUAAAAGAGUACAUACUGGAGAAAAGCCAUAUCAUUGUGGUAUUUGUGGCAAAACAUUCACUGCUCGUAAUUCAUUAUCUUUACACCAAAAUGUUCACACUGGAGAGAAACCAUAUCAUUGUGAUAUCUGUGGCAUAAAAUUUUCUCAAAAUGGCAAUUUAUUGCGACAUAAACGUCUUCACACAGGAGAGAAACCAUUUCACUGUGAUUUCUGUGAAAAAACAUUCACUUAUAGCACUGAUUUAAAAACACAUAUACGCACUCAUACAGGAGAGAAACCGUAUCACUGUGAUAUUUGUGGGAAAUCUUUCUCUCAGAAUAGUCACCGAGCGAACCAUAAACGUAUUCAUACAGGUGACAAACCUUAUUACUGUGAUAUUUGUGGUAAUGCAUUCUCUCAGCAAGGUCAUCUUUUAGCCCACAAAUGUUUAAACAGGAAAGAAACUACAUCUAUGUAAUAUUUGUAAUGAAGCUUUGUCAUCUUAAUCAAUUACACUGGGGAGCAUGAUGUAAGGGGUAGCUCAAUUGUUUUUCUUUGAAAGCUAUUGUGUUAUGUCUCAGUAAGAUCACAGGCAUUGUAAAUCACAUCUGGAAUAAAGCUGCUCACCAAUACAUACCAA